UCGAUAACUCGUGCUCGCCGAGGCGUGCGUUUACAUAUAGCUAUAGAUAAUUGUUAAUGUCGAGCGAGCUUGCAGUGCAUAAUACAUAGGCGGCGGGAUCGAUCGGUCGAGAGCGAUAAUAGCCCGGAGACUCGGCGAUAGUGACGGACGUUACAAGAGUUGGAGUGGCCCGUCUUGAGGCAGCGAUAGAUCGAGAAUAGCAGAAAAACGAUAAACGAUGCUGCCAAGGCUCGACUCGAUAACGCCACUCGAGCAAAGAGCAAGAAUUUCUUUCUCGAGUAGCAACAACGUAAGCGACCACGACAGCAGCCGCAGCAGCAGCAGCAGCAGCAACAGCACGUCGCGCUCCUCCUCGCUCCAGCUUCAACGGCACAUCUCUAUUUACCCGUUUUGCUAAUAGUGCGACUCGCGCGAGGCUCCAGCAGCAGCAGCAACAACAACAACAUACACAGACGUCGACUUGUGUGCGUGACUAACCAAAGUGUAAGUGUACGUGUGCGUGCCUACUUUGUGUACAACGUCGCUAAAAGUAUAGACAUAUACUCGCGAGCCAAAGAAACGGAGAGCUUGAACGCUAAGCGCGCGACAGACGGCGCUGCUCGACACGUAAACAGAGUCAGUAGGGCAGAGUCGAUCGAAAGAGGAGGAGGCGGUGGCGGUGGCGGCGGUGCCAGCGUACGACCAAGAGGAGAAGGAGGAGGUAGAGGUAGCAGGUGAGGCUUUCGAGAGAGAGAGAGAGAGAGAGAGAAAGCAAAAAAGCUCGCAAGCUGCACACAUAGAGGAUGAACGAGAAUCGAAAGAACGCCAACGACGUACGUUAAACUCGCCUGCUACGACGAGCCGUCGAAUUCAUAGGAGUGAGGAGAGCAGAGAGAAAAAGCUCGCGCGAGCUGGCGCGUCACCUCGCACAAGAUAUCGCAAAGCGAUCCUGUGUUUAUGUGUGUACAUACACGUAGACUCGCCAAUCGAUAACAAGUGCGACUCUCUCUUUCUCUGGCAGCAGCGGCGUGUCAGAAAACCCCCUCGUCCGUAAGCUCUUUCCUUGUAUCUGCAAACUUACCCUCACAUAUAACUACGGCCAGAGCCCCAUCUACAACGCUUGCACACACACACACACUUAGGCUCGCGCUCUCACACACACCCACUGGCGUACAGAGAGCCCCCUUUCGCUCUGAACCCCUCUUUUUCUUUCUGUCUCUGGCUCACUCACUUACUCCACCUAUCCGUCAAUCCGUCCUUUUUGGGUCGCUGUGCGCGCUAGUGGCCCAGAUCGUCCUUUUCUGGCGUCCUCCUCUGGCGAAAAAAAGGAGGAGUGGAUAAAAAAGCGCCGUGUGAUUCACUAGGCCAAAGCGAUAUCGGCCUCUCGACUGCAGCCCGCUGCUGGCUGCUGCAGUCAGUAACGACGAGCAACUUUGCACAGUGAACUCGCCAGCGGCAGCGAAUCCAAUACUUACAAGUUCAACGACACACGCGUUACUCCGGACUACGCGGAUGCGUAAGUGUGCGUGUGCGGGUGCGUGCGCGUGUUGGACGUGUAUGCAGAGAGCUACUCGCUGCAGCGUCGCUCCUCGUGAGAGGCGAGAGCUCGAGCCAGACAGACGAACGAGCGGACUCGCUCCAAGACUGUCGCAGUCCGAGUAAACAAUCAGCAGCGAUCCCAUCGACACUCUCAAAAUAUCGCUCUCCGAGCUUCGCGAUAUAAUCUAGAGAUCGGGUGUAGUCGAUGGAAUCGACCCUGGCAACAGUUGGAUCCACUCAUCUUUUCUCUCUCUCUCUCUCUCUUCUCUUUUGCUUUGCUCUUGUGGCAGCUGAGCCGGACCCGCGCGUGUGUAUACUUUGUGCGUGAGUGAGCAACACUUGGAUAGAUCGCCCAACGGCUACCUAUACGUGUUAUGCGAGUAGUAGCUCGAUUUCGUAGCAUGGAAGAAACAGGAUAAACCUACGCAAUUCGAAUCGUCGUGUAAGAAAAUUUAUACAUCGUCUCGCCUCCUUGAGAGAAAACAAAGAGAUACAAACAAAUAAUACCCACAACUAACACUGCCUAAACGAUAGAAGCGAGCUGGUCUCGCUCAUAAGCGCAUGGAACAUGAUAGAGAUGUCGAGCGGACUCGGUACAACAAUGGGACUGGGGGUUAGUACGCAUGGCAGCAGCAAUUCUGGAAACGAGCCAAACGCCAGCACAGGCUGCCGUUUAAGAGCCCAGAGCCAAGCGUCGCAGGGCUCGCCUGGACAUCGGCAGGGACCACGUGGUAGUAAUAACUCGGGUCAACCGUCACUGGGUCAGAGUAAAGAGCAGAAGCAUGCUCUGCAGACGUCGCAGCAAGCCAGAUCCAAAAAGGACAAUUGCUGCCUCUGCUGGUGCUGCUGUUGCAGCUGUUGUACUGCCGGAAAUAAAUGCUUGGCAGCUGUGGGUACCGGAGGAUCGGGAGGCGCCUCGUCGAUGCGUUACGGCGGCGGUGCAGGCGGAGCCGGCCAAGGUGCCCAGGGUACCCACCACGGCAGCGGCGUCAGACUCGGCGACGAUCUCGACGACAACGGCGCCGGCCUCGAGGGCGACAUCAACGACAUCAGCCUCGAGGAGAUCCGCUCGUGGGGCUCGUCGUUCGACCGGCUGAUGCGCAAUCCCCUCGGCCGCAAGCUCUUCAAGGAGUUCCUCGUCAGCGAGUACAGCGACGAGAACAUCGCCUUCUGGCUGGCCUGCGAGCAGCUCAAAAAGGAGGAGAACAACGACAAGAUCGAGGAGAAGGCGCGGGUCAUUUACGAGGAUUAUAUAUCUAUUAUAUCGCCUAAAGAGGUCAGCCUGGACUCUCGAGUGCGGGAAAUCGUGAACCGCAACAUGACGCAUCCAACUCCGCACACGUUCGACGAGGCUCAGCUUCAGAUUUACACGCUGAUGCACCGGGACUCGUACCCGCGCUUCGUCAACAGCGAGCUGUACCAGAAGAUGGCUCGCAUCAACAGUGGCCCGCCGAGUCCCAGCAUCGAGGCUGCGGCCGACGGAGCCGCCCUCGCAGUUGCGCCACCGACAGCCGCUCUAGCCGCCUCGUCUUCGUCCUCGACGACGUCAACGCAGCCCGUGAGAAAAUCAAAAAAGUCCAUCACGUAAUUGAUGUUCCAGCGCUAAGCCGACGCUAGUCGAGCUUGACUGUUCAAGUGACGAGUGCAAAGACGUCGACCGAGCUGCGCACAAAAUUACGCCACUCUCUCUCUCUCUCUCUCUCUCUUUGUAUCUCUCUGUCUCUCGCGGCGCAUUCUCCAGUUCGACUGGGAGAAUUUUUUUUAUACAUAAAAAUAAUAGACGAAGCGCGUCUAUUGCAAAAAGAAAGUGAAAAAAUGGCAAUGCGAGAAAGUGAGACUAGGCGAACGAACGCCUGGCGAAUGCAGCGCACUGAUCGCAAUCGUGUUUGUCCAUCUGCGAUCGAUUUAUGCCUUUUCGCAACAAUUGACAUAGGCAAGAGUUGAAAAAAGUGGUUCUCGUCGUACGCACCAUGUUUAACUAAAAAGACAUUAUUAAUAUACUCUUCGUUUUUGACCAUAGAUAUAAAUAUAUAUAUUGACUAUCUAUAGCUAAGAAUAAACCAAAAGAACGAGUGAUCAGAAUCAUAAUCGCACACGCGCACGAGAAGCUUGAUUUUCGAGAAUAGGCUUGCGCUCGGCGAGCUUGCAACGCUUAGGUCCGCUAUAUACAUAUAGUUAAAACAAUGAUUGGAAUUUCCAAAGUACUUAAUACGUAUAUGAUAAAACACUGCUGUUAUGAAUAUAAUAGUAAUUAUUAUACUUACAUGAAUAAACGUAUAAUAUUUAAAAAUCAUGUGCUGUGUGGUUACACAAUAAUACGGCACGAAUAUUAUGUCAAGAAAGAGCGCCUGCGGAUACAUUUGUUAAGCACCUAACACGCACACAUACACAGUCACACAAUCAUUAAUGCACAUGGAAGUAAAAAAUUGGUAGAUAUUAAACCAUCACGUUGAACAAAAAAUAGAAUAUUAUUAUAAAUAAAUAUAUAAAAAAUAUUAUAUGGGUCUUCCAGGGCGAAGACAUAUAUACAUAUAUAUUAUACUGCGGGGCCACAUAAUAUGCGCUAAUCGCAUAAAAAGUGAGAGAGACUAACAAAGAAAAAAUAAUAUUAUUACCAUAAAAAAUUGCGAGUCAUUUCGCGUCGUAUAUAUCAUUAGUACGCGCGAAAAGUAUACCUUAAGCAAUUUCAUUUUAACAUUUAUACCACAUGAACAAAUCGUAACACGAAUUUACGCACAUGCUCUAGGUUGCCUGCAUAAAAGAGCUUUGAGCCCUCUCAGUGCGAGUGCAGAUGCGCUAUUAUUGCAUACCAAAAACAAAGACAAAACGAGAGAUUACCUAGUAUUAUAAUAUACUUAUUUGACGCUCAUCUUUGCAUAUUUUAAUGAUACACUUGUAUAGAUAUAAUGAUAAUAAUAAUAGAAAUAAUAGUUAUAAUAAUAGGAAUAAAAAUUAUAAUGAGGCUCUCGAUACCUCGUGUGAGAAAAAUAAAAUAAUGGAUGUAUUAUAAAUAUUUGAACAAUGUACUACGUACUGUAUACGAAACAGAUGCAAGCAAAGUUUAUGACUACUUUUUUUUCUUUUGAAAAGUUCUGAGAAUGACGUUAUGAAUCAAAAACACAUACAUAUAACACUUCACGUAAAAAAUGAAAAUUUUAUAAAUGAGAAAAUAUACAUACCUGACGAUCAGACAAAAAGGAAUGAGAAAUUUUGAUUUAAUCUACCGUAUAAAGCACUGAUUAAAUCCAACCAUUUUUUUCAUAGUUUUGUAUGAAAACACGUUUACUAAUUUAAUUAAUGAUCGAGUAAAAAUGUAUCGUAUCCUUGGUACGUAAUGCCUAUUGAACAACUAUCACAUACAGAGGUACGUGUGUGCACCAAUAUGCAAGCUCGUUUCGUACAUAUAUUUUUAUACAUUUUUCAUCGUCAUAUACGGACAGUAAGCACAUUUCAACUAACCCAAGAAUUUCAUAGAAUAACUCGAGAAUCCAAGGUACUUUUCUUUCUUGUUUAUCUUAAAUUUUAUCUAGAUUUUUACACUAUCCAAAAUAAAUUCACGAAGCUUGAAUUUCUCACGCAAAACAAAUAAGGAUAAAGCCAAAGUAAAGGAAAAGCUGAGAAAAAAUACGUGAAAAUUGAAAAAAAACAGCAGGGUGGUGCGACGAUAGUCGGUGCACUAGAUUUUUCAUCAAUUAGGAAGCUUUAGCUCGUUGGGAAAAAAGUGCUUGUUGUUAUAAAACAACAGUAGGACGUGCGCGCGGGGCAGUAGAGUACGGAGGCGAAAAACAAAAAGUGCGAUGUUUCAUAGCGCGUCGCACACCGAGAGCAAAAGAAAUUUCGCCCGUAUAGCGCAACAAAGGGCAGAAGGCCGAGAGUAAUAAAAAGUAACAAUAUAUGAAAUGAGGCGAGGCUGAAAGAAAGCAAGCAGCAAGGCGCGCUCGUCACAGGUCACGAUGCUUAAGCUCUCAAUCUUUACUUUAUGAGUGUGUACUACAAACAUAUAGACAUGCACGUGUUAUAUAGCUGCAAGCUUUUCCGACCGAACGCGCGCCUCUAUGAGAAAUAUAAUUGCAAGACGUUUGGAAAAUUUCUUUUGAUGCCAGUUUUCUCUCUCUCUCUCUCUCUCUCUCUUUGCCUUUUGUUUGCACGAAAAUGCUUGAGCGCGAGAUGAAAAUUUAGAUUAAUUUCUUUUCAUUCCGUUUCAUCGAUUCUGCCAAUCCCACGUUAAUGUCCUGUACGUAACAAACAGAAAACAACGAGGCAGACUUUUGCUCGCUUGCUUUCUCGCAUUGUAAAUUUAUCGAAGGCCCGCACAGCGCUUUGGGCUUUGCAUAUAAAUUGCUCCGUGCGUAGAGUACAACACAGAGCUUCUCACGAUUAUCUUUGGGAGCUUUCGCGCAAGUUUACCUGAAAAAGCUCGUUGCUCACGAUGCGCUUUCCUCGUAAUACGAUCCGAUCAGACUUGACAAAUUUUCCAUCCUCGUUGUCGAGGCUGUAUAUUCAUUUUGUUAUGUUUUACGCGCGCAAUUUUUUGGAUUUUGUCGGGAGGCUUUUUUGUCAUCGAGCCCUCGUGUGAAUAAUCGUGCAGCUCGAGAUAUUGAGCGGCAUUAUAACGAGCAAAACAUAACUCGUAAAAGUGAUAGAUUGAACAAUGAAAAGCUGCUGUACUGCCAAGCGAUAAAAAACCAAAAAGAAUCGUUUCACAUGUAAGCGCAGAUUUUCGAUGCGAUCGAGUUGAAAUUUUCAAACAUGUGAUGCAUAUAAGGUAUCCCUUAAAUAGAUGUAUGUUUAAUAACGAGUCAAAGGCAAACGAGCAAUUUUAAACCAGUGAAAUCAUGAGCUCAAUAUGUCUCGGGUAUACAAAUGUAAUGCGCGUAUCAGUGAAUUAGGUAGCCGACACGAAAAUCAGCACUAAAAGAAAAACUUUGCCUCUCUUUCGCCUGUUUGUAAGUAGCGCGAAGUUUUUUCGAAUUCAGAAAAACACUUUUAUCAGAAACAAGAAACCAAAGAAAAUCACCUUAAGUCGGUCAAAAUACUGUUUUUCAUUACUGCCAGGUAUGCAUAAAUAUAAAUUGUUUCAGGAACGUGUAUAGCGGAAAGCUAGAAGAAAAUUAAAAGACAGCAGGCAACUUAUAGAACGUUUAACAUGAGUACUCGUAUACAGAACAUAUUGUCACGUGGCUACUUGCAGCGUUUUGCGUGCGUCUGUACUUGCAUGCGUAGGAAUAAUAAUAAUAGUAUUAUAUAAUGCUUGUAUGUAGUAACAUUCAAAUUUAAAUCAUCUAUAUCUCCCUCUUUCUCUCACUCGAAACUUUAGAUAAACUCGCGCGCAAUGUAUAAUAUACACAUUUAGGAGGAAUAAAUCAUUUUAAAACAAUUUGGGCGAGGAUUUAUAGAUAGAAGUUUCGUUGUGUCGUGCGAAAUUUUUCGCGAAUCCGCACAUACCUACACGUGCAUGCUCUCUCGUGAGUGCAGCCGCGGCAGCGCUUAUAUAUAUUGUAACGAAAAAUUAUCCGUUAUUGGCUACUAAAAAUCAUCGUCACCGAUACAUAUUACAAAGUCGGCCUGGCCACGCCAAUGAUCAUAUCUAUGAAAAGAAGAGAAAGAGCGGAGGAAAAAAUCCACGGCAAGAAUGGCAUUAAAAUAUACCAAGCGCACCUCCUACGCAAAUCGCGAAAGACAGGCAUAGAUGAUGGAAAUAAUGUAGUUACAAUUAAGCGAUGAAAUGUUAAACGCGUAAAUAAUAUAACAACUAUCUCUAACUAAAUAAUAUAACGAAUAAUAAGAUGACAGAAAAGUGAGCUAAAUAUUACAUUUAUAGUAUGAUUACUUAUACACAAACGCGAGAUAAAUAUAAAUUGGAUUGUAAUGAAAUCGUUACGUGCAGCUUUAAUGCGUGCAAGUAACGAAUUAUUAAAAUGAUUUUAAUUGACUAAUAAUAGGUGAUAUAUAGAAAGAGAGAGGAAGGAAGAGAAACAAAUUAUUAUACGUUUGACGUGUGUCUGACUAGCGUGAAAAGUGCGUAAUAAGUAGCAGUCAAAUAUUCGGAAGAAAUAGAUAGGCGAGAGGAGGUUUUCACAGAGUCUGGCGCCAAGAGAUGUAUGUGCAGUGCAAGAUGAAUCGCGAAAUGAUGUAAGACGCUCCGCAGGAUAUGCGAACACGAUACUUGGACGGUAGAGUGUCCCCCCAUGAACUGCAUUUGGCAUACACUGCACACGCAUAGCCACGCACUCGAAAGUCAAAACGUCGCUUUUGUGGCAUGUGUGGGGUGUACGUGUGUAUAAUGUGCGAGUCGCACAAAUCGAGCCCAGCAACUCCACUCGUACCUUCGCAUGCACGAGAUAUUAAUUCGUAAGUAGGUUAAAUCGAUGCGCCACGUGAUAGUUAUGCAUUCGCGUGCACAUUUUCAAUUGCGACAGAUACAGUCAGGGCUUGCGACUAUAUGCACGAAUCCGACCGUUGUGUAUGUGUAUGUUACAAUAUAUUAGUCGGUACAUCCUGACCCGAACCACCCGCGAACGAGAUUGUAUAACUCAUCAACCAACGGCUCCAAGACUCGAUCUUCAAUUAUUUUCGCAUAGCUUGGCUCGAUUUUGGUUUUCUCGACGCCGCGCUACGUAACGCUAGUUUCGCAGGAUCAAUUACAUUUUCUAUGCAAAAAGAGUGCGGCCUGCGUUGAAUUAUCAAAAUGAUGAAAAAAUAAUCGAAAAUCUUACGUUGGAUGAAUCUUACGUAAUUCACGCGUCGAUUCGAGUCACGCACUUUAUUUGCCAUCAAUUUUUUGCCACCUCUCGCUACUCGAUUGCUCGCUCUUGUCGUAUUGCUUCUACUUCUCGAGAUACAAAAGAAAAUGAGGAAAAAAAUUAGGAAAAUUGGCACAAUGUUCGUCUGCGAGUCAGCACAGCCCAAGAGAUAUUUGUUAAAUUUAUAAUAACGAUACAUACAUAUUUACAUGUAUCUUAGAACUAGGACUAUCUACAGGGAGGGCUGAUGUAUGACAUUAUGCGUGCUUGCAAGAUAUAAACAAGAUACAAAAAAUGACCACGAUAUCGAUUAUUUCGCAUUUGUGCGCGUGCGUGUAUGUGUGAUCUGUGUGUACCCAAACAAAUUGUCUUUCUCUCUUCUGUAAUAAUAAGUAUAUGUAUGCAGAUACACGUAUUAUAAAGUGUGCUUGUGUGCAGAGGGCUGCGGCAGGCAGGCAGCGGUGUAUACACCUAUCAUGUUUUUGUGUGCGUGCGUCCGACAAGUCCGUUAACUGGGUGUAUGCAUGGGUAUGUGAACCCAAACUUGAAACGGAGAAUCGAUUUUAUCUAGUAUUUAUCAGUGUGUCUGCCGGUGUGUGUGCGUGUUUCCUUAUGUGUGUGAUGAAAUAGGCGACGAAAAAAAUUUAAAUCAUUCAAAGUAUUCCAAUUGACACCGAUUGGAGUUCAUAUAAAUAAAUAAAUUAAAUUAAAUUAAAUAAAAAUAUUAUAAACACAAAGAAAAAUAAAUUGACUAUAUAGAAAAUUAAGCAAAUUUGAAGAAAUAGCAGCCAAUUGAAUCAUUGAUUUUAUUUUUUCUCGAUAGUAUGAAGAAGUGACUGUUAAAAAAAAGAUUCAUGAAUUAUAUGUAAAAAAAAUAGGUUUCGAUAUUGACGAUCACAAUAAAAUGGUGUUUGAAAAAAAGUAAAUGAUCAAACAGAGACAUCGUGCUCCAAGCGAUUUUCUAUGGAAGUGAUCGAUUUUUGGUGCAAAUGAGCAUCGAAGAGGCUCAGAACUUGGGUACGAUAAACAGCGAAUUUUAAUUAUCACUGCAGUGUGUGUACGCUAGUAAAAUAUUGUAUAACUCGCGAACGUUACAAGGUUAUUAAGAAAAUUAUUAUGUACUUCUUCGAAAAUAUAUUGUUGAAAGUGGAUUAGAGUUGUAUUAUGAUUACAAAACAUAUUAACCGAUGAGUCCUUUGAAAAUCGCCGAUCGUCUCGUUUAUUACUUAAGAACAAUCUCAACGUCUUCAUUAAAAAGAAAAAAGAAAAAAAUUAACAAAAAAAAAAACAAGAAAAAAAUAAUAAACGCACAAUUUUUCUCAAUCUUCGAUUUCACUGUAUUACUUUAUUUUUUGAUUACGUGGUUUUUUCAGAACCCUGACCUCACUAUUCAUAAUCUUUCAUUGAAAGUACUAAAUCUACCAUCCCCAUUUUCAUUAUUUGAUUUUCUUUCUUCAUAGAUUAUAAUGAAAACUUUGUGUAGACAAUCUUUCAAUCGUGGGCAGUUAAAACAAUGUUUUACGAUAAUACGUGAGUGGAGAGAAAAAUUAUGUUUUUGACGCGUUAAAACAGAUCGCACAUAGAAAAGAAUAAUAAUAGCGGCGUAUUGCUGAUGUAAUAGCAAAGUAUUAACAAGCUAUACUUGUUCACCAAAAGUAUAAAUAAUGUUAAUAUGAAAAUAUAACUCUUGGAUA